CUAGAGCGCACAUUCCUACCCUCUAGCUAAGCUAAUACCACCACCAGCAGCAGCAGUAGCAGCCGCCAUGGCGGCGAGCGGCAAGAAGCUCCCGCCGUUCCUCUUCACGCUGCUGCUUCUGCUCUCCACCGCCGUGACGCCCAUCCUCUCGCUGCCGGCCGCCGACCACGAGGUCGACUGCGACUGCGACAAGCCCAAGGCGCCCAAGCCGUCGCACCCGCCCAAGACCAAACCCUCCCACCCGUCGCCCAAGCCCAAGAACCCCAAGCCGCCCAAGGGCCCCUCCUACCCGUCGCCGGCGACGCGCCCGCCCAAGGGCCGCCCCUCCAACCCGCCGAUCACUCGUCCUCGUCCGCCGGUCGUCGGCCCCCCCAAGGGCCCCGUCACGCGCCCGCCGGUCGUGGGGCCACCGGUCACGCGCCCGCCGGUCACACGUCCGCCGGUCGUCAUCAGCCCGCCGGUGACCUACCCACCACCGAUUACCGGCCCUCCGACGACGACGCCACCGGUCACUGGCCCACCGGUCACGGUCCCCCCGAUCACCGGCCCGCCCUCGACGACGCCUCCGGUCACCGGCCCGCCCUUGACGAACCCUCCCGGCGGUGGAAGCUCGACGCCGUGCCCGCCGCCUCCUCCCGCGACCCCGACUCCGACGCCGUCGUCGCCGACGUGCCCGGCGGACUCGCUGAAGCUGGGCGCGUGCGUGGACCUGCUGGGCGGGCUGGUGCACGUCGGGCUCGGCGACCCCGUGGUGAACAAGUGCUGCCCGCUGCUGGAGGGCCUGGUGGAGCUGGAGGCGGCCGUGUGCCUCUGCACCACCAUCAAGCUCAAGCUCCUCAACAUCAACAUCUACCUGCCCCUGGCGCUCCAGCUCCUCAUCACCUGCGGCAAGACGCCGCCGCCCGGCUACACCUGCACCGUCUGAUCGAUCAAUGCAACUAGCUAGUAACCCUUGCACAAGCAGGGGUUUUGGAGUGAGUUUCUUCUGUAAUUUGAAGAGAGAUCAACCGACAUGAGAGGAUGUCAUCGUCUGCUUCUUCCUAGCUAUGGUAGCUGUGUUUAGUUGUUUUUCUGUUGUGGUUCGAUCGAUCUCAAGUUCUCAACCGGCCUGUUAAGUCGUUUCAGACUUUCAGUUAAUUUGGCUGGCCCUCGGCAGCUUGAUUGUUGGUGUUGGUGUGGUUUCAGUUUGAUUCGAGAGAGUCGUUGAUGGCUGAUUUCUACUGCCAUCAGGUGACGAUGAAGAGCUUGCAUGUCCCCAAUAAUUUUUGCACUUGUUUUCCCGUG